AUGCCUCGCGGCCUGCGGAGCCAGCUCCCGCUCAGGGUCCUCCUGCUGCUGCUGCUGCCGCUGCCGCCGCCGCCCCUGGCGGGCGCCCUGGAGCUUCACGACCCCGCUGGGCCUGCAGAGGCGGCCGAAGAGCCCGGCUCGGGACCAGCCUGGCCGUCCUUCCCCUUCCGGGACCUGCGCAGGUGGGCGAGGGCCGCCGGCGCCCUCUCCAGACGGUACUGGGCGCUCUUCUGCUGCCGCGUGUGGCCCGAGACCUGCUCGCUGGACAAGGAGGCCCCCGCGGGGGCCCAGGGCUGGAGCCUUCCCCUAGUGGGGCAGCAGUACCUGGAUAUCCUGACCACAUGGUACUGCAGCUUCCAGGAUUGCUGUGACCAUGGGGACUGCAGGGUCUCCAACAACUUCACAGGCCUGCAGUCGGACCUGAGUGUGCGGCUGCACGGCCAGCACCUAGCCGGGGAGCUGGUCCUGACCACAGUGAGGAGCUACUUGGAGCUGCCCCGGCCGGACAAGGCCCUGGCUCUGUCGUUCCACGGCUGGUCUGGCACAGGCAAGAACUUCGUGGCUCGGCUGCUGGCGGAGAACCUGUACCGGGACGGGCUGAGGAGUGACUGUGUCAAGGUGUUCAUCACUAUGAUGCACUUCCCUCACCCCAAGUAUGUGGACCUGUACAAGGAGCAGCUGACAGAACAGGUGAGGAAGACGCAGGAGCAUUGCCACCAGACCCUGUUCAUUUUUGAUGAGGCUGAGAAGCUGCACCCAGGGCUGCUGGAGGCCCUCGGGCCACAUCUGGAACGCCAGGUCCUGGAGAACCACAAGGCUGAGUCCCCUAGAACCAUCUUCCUUUUUCUCAGUAACCUUGGAGGCAAUGUCAUCAAUGAGGUGGUCCUGGGUCUGCUGAAGGCUGGAUGGUCCCGGGAAGAUAUCACGAUGGAACACUUGGGGUCCGGCCUCCAGGCUGAGAUUGUGGCGUCCACAGACAGUGGCUUUGGCCACAGCCGCCUGGUGAAGGAAAACUUGAUUGACUUCUUUGUCCCCUUCCUGCCGCUGGAGUACCGCCAUGUGAGGCUGUGUGCACGUGAUGCUUUCCUGAGCCAGGAGCUCCCAUAUACAGAAGAGGCACUGGACGAAAUUGCCAAGAUGAUGGUGUAUGUCCCCAAAGAGGAACAACUCUUUUCUUCUCAGGGAUGCAAAUCUGUUUCCCAGAGAAUUAACUAUUUCCUGCCUUGA